GCCUUUAUAUUACAUACUUAUAGGGGCUUCAGACUUAAAUUGGUAGUAGUCAUGGAGAGACAGUCUAACGAGCAACAACAAAUCCCACCUGGGAUUCAUAUCGAUACAUCUGAGUUUAGUUCUGUACAGUUAUGUAUUAAUCCAACUGAGAAAAAAAAAAAGGAUAGCUUUUGUUUAUCAACGUCUUUUUGUGGACCUCGAGCGAUGGUGAACAAACUCUGGUGUCGGAAAAUAAGUCGAGCAUGGCUAGAAACAAAGCAGACACCUCCGCAUCCAAGAUUGCUGACAGAAUCAAGGUUCAAAACAUACGCGCCCUGGUGGUAUGUCUACUAUCGUUGGUUCAUGAGUCUUGGUUGGAUUUCAAUAGUUAUUUGUUCAGUAUGGGAGAUAGGAAGCACCGAUCCAUUAGCUAGCAAAUAUGGAUCUCGUAAAUGGUUUGCUUAUUUAACGAACUGGCAUUUAACUUUUGGAGUUGCCCAAACGAUACUUGGUGCAACGCUGGUGACAAGACGAUGGUUACAUCAACGAUAUCCUGAUUUCAAUCCGUACAAUAUCAAGUACACCUGCUUGGAAAAAAGUUACUGGUUUUUAUACAGCGUGACAGCAUCGCUGGCUAUUGGUGUUACAGCAGCCUACUGGAUUGCCAUUUACGACCCAAAAAUUCACUUCGUGGACAGUGUUAAUUUAAUGCAACAUGCUCUUAACAGUAUACUUAUAAUAGUAGACUUAUUUAUUUGUGCCGUACCGAUACGGUUGCGUUGCUUUUGGUGGACUGUCGUUGUUAUUGUUAUUUAUUUAAUAUUUUCUGUUAUUUAUUACUCUGCUGGUGGCCUUGAUAGGAAAGGCUUUCAUUACAUUUACAAAAUUCUAGAUUGGAAAAAGCCAGGUAUCUCAUUAUUAGUAUCAUUAGGUGGUAUUGGAUUUAUAAUUAUAGUUCACUGCCUACUUACUGGUCUAACAAGUUGUCUAGAACGUAUUACCAAGCCCAGUGAUAAGAGUAUUCAUGAGCCACCAUUGUCGUCAGCUAAUAAUGAACAGAGGACUAAAGUUAGAGAUGUUGAAAUUGUUUGA